GCACACAGGCUCCCACGGGAUCCGUCCAGAGAACAGCAGGUACCUGCGAGGGCGAACAAUUCAACAACAAACAGCCUGUCGGAGCCACAGAGAAGGCGGUGGCUCUAUCCAUCCUUCCUCUCCUGCUUCUUCCUGGGCUUUUCCGCAUGGCUGGUUCCAUACCUGUCUGUCUUUGGUUCAUCCCGUCUCCAGCCAAGUUCAGGAAGUGACACUUCAAGGACAGGUAUUCCUGGGGACGGUGCCUCCUCAUAAACCACCAGCUGGAUGCUGUAAACUGCCGUCUUCUGGGCUGGUCCUCUUUGCAGCUGGGUAACUCAAGAAGGACGCUCUUGUAACAAUACUGCCAGCCAGCUCCUUGAAGAGAUCCGAUUGCUCAGACAGGCGCCAUCAGCAUCCCUUCUUUGUGUUGCUGGAAUAUUCUUCGGGGACUCUUAUCACCUGAAUUUGCUCUUUCAGAAAGACGUGGCAGCUGGUGGUUGCAUUUUGAAGACCUUCUUUUUGAAUCCCCACCCUCAUCAGUUUGCGCAAGGACAACCUGUAUUUUGGGCAUUAUUGGCCCAUAAUACAUAUUCCUGGACUUGCCCUGAAGGCAGCAGAAGAGUGUCUUGUAAGCUGAGUGAGGGCUGUCCACCAUGUCUUCCGCAGGGCUGGAGAUCUUGGCCAUGGGCCUGUGCAUUUUUGGCUGGGUGGGGACCAUCGUCUCAUGCGCCUUGCCCAUGUGGAGAGUCACGGCUUUCAUCGGGAACAACAUUGUGGUGGCGCAGAUUGUGUGGGAGGGGCUGUGGAUGAACUGCAUCGUGCAGAGCACCGGCCAGAUGCAGUGCAAGAUCUAUGACUCCAUGCUGGCCCUGUCUCAAGACCUCCAGGCUGCCCGUGCCCUGAUGAUCAUCUCCGUGCUGCUGUCCAUCCUGGCCCUCUUGGUGGGCAUUGUGGGGGCCAAAUGCACCAACUGCGUGGAGGACGAGGGUGCCAAGGCACGCAUCGUCAUCACCUCCGGCUCGCUCUUCAUCGUCUCGGGGCUGCUCACCCUCAUCCCCGUGUGCUGGUCGGCCAACAGCAUUAUCCGCGACUUCUACAACCCGCUGGUGGUCGAGGCCCUCAAGAGGGAGCUGGGGGCUGCUCUGUACAUCGGCUGGGCAGCGUCCGCACUGCUGCUGCUUGGCGGAUCACUGCUAUGCUGCUCCUGCCCGCCGCGGGAGGACCGCUACCCACCCCGCGUCGGGUAUUCUGUGGCAGCCAGAUCCACUGCGCCUCCAGGCAGCGGUAUUGAUAAGCGGGACUAUGUAUGAACAAUUGCGGUGGCGGCGGCAGUGGGGCAGAUUUGCCAGAUAUUGCUAGGCCGAAACCUUGACAGGAGAUAUCUGCCCAAAGACUUCUGUGGUAAAAACACAGGGCCAGACCCCAUCAGUCUGGGAUCAGCUAUGCUAUCUGGCAAUUCAGGACUCUGUGUGUGUGUGUGUAGGAGAUUGAGAAAACAUGAUCAAACAAAUAGGUAUGUGAGAGCAUGAACAAACAAUUAUGAAAGAGAUGUGUGCAGCAGCAAAUACAAGGGGAAUGUAGAAAGUAAACAGAUAUGCAGUAGGGGAGUGAACAAAAGCAGAGGAAAGGGCUAAUGAACAGACAAGUGAGUGGCUGAAACCGGUGUGGAAGAGGGAAGUUUGGGCCAGCAAGGAUGCCAGCGAACAAAUGAAGGAAAGCAAGACUGACCAGGCAAAGAAGCAAGUGAAAAUAUGAGAGAAACGGGAAGCAACACUGAAAAACCGACCAUUUGAUCACAUUCCACAAAGAAGCGGUUAUGAAGAGUGUGUUAAGAAUGAAAGGGAGAAAUGGCAAGCCAGAGUAGGAGGGAAUUUAUUGAGGAGAAGGAAUGGGGGAAUGGAUACUUGUAUGACUGGAAGGAAGGGGGGAAUUAAUGGUAAGUGGUGAUGCCGUGAGAAUUUAACAAAUCAAACAGAUGGGCGGAAAGAUCAAUCUGAGCCCCAAAUGUACGUAAACAACAACUUAAUCAUGAGGGAACGGAAAUGGAAGGGGAGGACAGAUGUCGCCACACAGGCCUCAGCGUAGGGCCUGAGCAGGAAUGGUACGAGUACACGGAGAGCUGUGCACCAUAGGCUGGCUUGGUGAGAGCAGCUAGGGGGGAUGUGGCAAGAGACCCUGACCCUGUUAUGUCUCAGUCUGGCGCUGUUUGCUUGCUGGUUAAUGAUUUGUCCGAGAUUUGGCUGUUCCCAGGGGCCUGGACAAACAAAAGGGUCUGUUAUCCCCCCUACUGCUCCCUACCCACUGACCACAGCCUGCCUCAGCCGGUGUUAGGAGGAAAACCUGUCUCUCUCUCACACACAGAUAGACUCAUUAGGCCUCCCUCCCUCCCUCCCCAGAGCUGAGGACCCAGGUGUCCUGGCUGCCAGCCCUCCCUAGGGGGUGGAGAGGGCGAGGGUUAAAGCUUAGGAGAUUUACCCCCCACCCCUGUGAAACUGUGUUUUGUUUUCUUCAGAAGAAUCCUGAGAAUUGGGGAGGGGGUGACUCUGCGGCAAUAUUUUUACUUUGAAUGGGGGUGGGCACAAGAGAGCCCUUUUUUGUGGGGCCCCCCUCCCAACAUGGAGCACUGUGCUGUGUUACUAGAAAUGACUUUAUUCAGAUAAAGUUAAAUGUUUGUAA